AUGUCUAAUCAACAACAACAUCAUAAUCAACAACAACAACAACAACAACAUGUUGUUAAACCAUUUUUAAAUAGUUUUGAUGGUAGUAUUAAAUUAGAAGAAUCAAUUGAAGAUUCACCACAGUUCAGAAAACACUUAAAAGAUACUGAACAAAGUAUCGAUGAAUUAACACAAAAUAUAAAGAAAAUGUUAAAGAGUUCAAAACAAAGUUGUGAAUUGGGCGAGGAUUAUAAUAUAACAUUUAAAAACUUUGUAGAUGAUUUAUUAACAUAUAAAGGUGAAGCAGGUUCAGGUUUUGUAAGAGAUGAACUUUUAGAAAAGAGUAUGAUUAAAUUCUCUACUGCUUUAAAAGAAAUUUGUAAUUUUAGAGAAUUAUUACAUAUAGAAAUGGAUGCAUUAAUUACAGGACCAUUACAAUCAUUUGCAGAGAAUGAUUUAAGACAAGUUAAAGAACAAUGUAAAAAAUAUGAUAAAUAUAGUCAACAAUAUGAUGCAUCAGCAAGUAAAUUGGGACAAAUUAAAAAGAAAAACUCUGUUAGAAUUGAAGAAGUAUCACAAGAAGCAAAUGAAACCUUAAAGUUGAGAGUUCAAUUUGGUUUGGAUUUAGUGGAAUCAAUGAAUCAAGUUCAAGCAAGAAGAAGAUUUGAAUUUUUAGAGUAUUUCUCUGUAUAUUUACAUGCUCAAUCAACAUUUUUUCAUCAAGGUUAUGAAUUAUUUCGUGAUCUUGAACCACAUAUGAGAGUUUUCUCUGAUUAUCUUCAAGCAACUAGAAAACAUUUUGAAGAUGAAAAAAGAAAACAAACAAUGCUUAAAGCUGAAUUAAUUGAGAAAACAUUUUUAAAUUCACCAUCAUCAAAUACAAGUAUGAGUGGUAGUCCAGUAAAUGGUGGAAUAAUUUUUACAACAAAUAGAACAUCACAAGAUACAUUAUUUAAAAAAGGAUAUUUAUUUAAAAGAUCAGAAUAUAAUUCAUACACUAGAAAGUUUUUUGAAUUAAGUAAUGGAAAAUUAUCAUAUUAUAAAACUGGUAAUGAUACAUCACCAUCACAUACACAUGAUUUAUUUUUGACAACUGUUAGAAUUCGUGAGGAUUUAGAUAGAAGAUAUUGUUUCGAAUUAUUAUCACCUGAUAGAUCAAUUAUUUUAGCUGCUGAAACUUUUGAAAGUAUGCAAGAAUGGGUUCAAGUUUUACAAAAUACAAUUGCAAAUUUAUUAAAUAACUGUUCACCUCAAGGUAAUCUAAUAGUAAAUAAUUUAUCAUCACCAAAUUCAAAUUGUAAUAAUAAUAAUAAUAAUAAUAAUAAUAAUAGUAAUAAUUUAAUCAUAACUAAUAAUAAUAAUAAUAAUUUUAAUAAUAAUAAUAUAAGUUUAAGUAAUAGUCCAUCAGGAAAUAAUAUAAUUGUAAAUAGUUUUAAUAAUAAUAAUAAUAAUAAUAAUAAUAAUAAUAAUAAUAAUAAUAAUAAUAAUAAUAAUAAUAAUAAUAAUAAUAAUAAUAAUAAUAAUAAUAAUAAUAAUAAUGGUAAAAAUAUACCAUUUUCAGAUAAUCAUAAUGGACUAAAUAGUUCAUGUGGAUCAACAACAAGUUCAAGUAGUAUAGCGUCAAUUUCAGUUAAUAAUAGUGGUAAUAAUAUAAAUAUACAGCAACAGCAAUCACAACAACAACAACAACAACAACAACAACAACAACAACAACAAAAUGAAACACCAAUUUCAAUAUUAAGAAGAAUUGACUCAUCAAAUUUAUAUUGUGCAGAUUGUAACACGCGUGAUCCAGAUUGGGCAUCAAUUAAUUUUGGUUGUUUACUUUGUAUAGAUUGUUCAGGUAUUCAUAGAGGUAUGGGAGUUCAUAUUUCAAAGGUACGUUCAGUUAUAUUGGAUAAAUGGGAACCAGAAUUAUUGAAUAUGAUGAAAUGUAUAGGUAAUGAAAAGGUUAAUAAAAUUUAUGAAAAUAAAAUACCGCCAGGAAGAAAGAAACCAACACCAAAUGAUGAAUUUGAAAUUCGUGCUAAAUGGAUUAGAGAUAAAUAUGACAAGAGAUUAUUUGUAAACUUUUUAGAUAAAUCAUUGGAUGAUAUAAACUCUUUGUUUUAUCAUAUAGCCAGUGAACCAAAUGCAAGUUACAUAUUGGAAUUAAUUGCUCAAGGUGCCGAUCCAAACUAUAAAGAACCUCAUCAUGAUUAUAAAUCGCCACUACAUAAUGCUGCUCAACAUAAUUUACCCCAGAAUAUUUGUCUUUUACUUCAAAAUGGCGCUAUGGUCGAUCAAUUGGAUAGCAAUGGUAAUACACCUUUACAUACUUCCGCAGAUUGUGGAAGUCCAGACUCUUGUAUCCUCCUCUUAAUGAAAUCUGUUAAAUUGUUAUCUAUCACCAAUAAAGACAAUCAUACUCCAUUGGAUUUGGCUGUUGAAAAAGGUCAUGUUGGUUGUGUUACCAUCCUUCGUUUAGCUCAAUUACAAAAAGAUGAAGGUAAACAUAGUUUUGAUGAUGCUUUCGCUGAAUUGUUAAGAGGUUUCGUUAUUAAUUGCAAAUAA